AUGCUUGAAUUAUACUAAAAUGAAGGAACACUAACAAAGUAAUGAUUUAUUUCCAAUAAAUAAUAGUAUAAGUGAUGAUUUAGAUAGCUCCGAAAUGAAUAGAACAUCAAUAUCUCGCACACAUAUCAACAAGACCAAACCGUUCACUCAAACCAACCCAUACGAUGUAUCAAAUUUUCCUUCAGUUUUUGACCAAGAUUACUUUAAUGAAUUUAUUAAAACGUAUUCUUAAUUAGACUCUAUCCUCAUACUUAAAGCAGCUGAUGGAAUUGUAGAAUUUGGAAAAAUUAUACAAAAAAUUAGUUAGAAUAAAUAAUAAAUUCAAGUUGAUGCUUAAAACUUCAAAACCAAAUUAAUUUCUGUUAUAGCUGCUCCUAAAAAACAAAUAGCUCAAAUGACCAUUUAUAUUUAUACACAUAACUCCUUUCUUUAUAAAGAAAUGAAUAAAGCUCUAAGAGAAUAAGAUAAAACCAAAGCUUGUAUAGGAUAUUAUGCUUUUUUACUAAGUUUAAGUCUAACCUUUUUGGCUAAUCAAUCAGAAUAUAAACCUUAUGAUGGUCCGCUUUUUAGAGGGGUUUUCUUAACUGAAGAAUAAAAAUUAUAAUAUAUAAAAGCUUUUUAAGGAAUCAAUAGUGAAACUAGAGAAAGGAAUAGCUUCAACUAUUUCACAUGGCAUGGAUUCAUUUCAUCAACAAAAAUUCUGUCUAAAGCAUUAAAAUUUGGAAAUACUCUAUUUAUUAUUUCCUUUGAUAAAAUACAUCCAAUUGAAGUUGAAAAAUAUUCCUUCUUUCCUAAAGGAUCAGAAGUAUUAUUCCUUAAUAGAGUUCAUUGCACAAUUAAAGAUAUUAAAUAUAUCGGGGAAUUUAUGGUCAUUCAAGUCUUUCUAACAUAAAAUCUAGGAAUUUGA